AUGGCGUCACUUGUCGGGCAACUGGCCAGCUAUGUCGAUUUGGACAAGCAGAGCCUGCGAGUCUCGGCGGCAUCCAUCAUCUUUAACCCUUUGUUCUGGAAGUGCCGAAACAGCAUCGUCGCUCGUCAAGAAUACCGCAACAAGGUCCUCACCAAGCUGUUCGGCGGCAACCGCACCGUGGCCAACUACGCACUCGCCGUCACCAUCUUCUCCAUCGGCCUGCUGCGCGACUGGCUGUACAAGACGGCGCUGUCGGAGCAGCCGUCGCACGCGCUGCUGCAGACGCCGUACGCGCUCGCCGCCGCCUACACGCUGCUCGCCGCCGGCAACGUGCUGGUGGUGUCGUCGACGUGGCGGCUCGGCAUCCAGGGCACCUUUCUGGGCGACUACUUUGGCUUCCUCAAGGAGGACAUGGUGACGGGCUUCCCGUUCAACGUGACGGGCGCGCCCAUGUACUGGGGCUCCACCAUGAGCUUCCUCGGCACGGCGCUGCUGUUUGGCAAGCCGGCGGGUUUGCUGCUCACGGCGCUCGUCUAUGUCGUGUACGUCGUGGCGCUGCGCUUCGAGGACCCCUUUACGGCGGGCAUUUAUGCCAAGCGCGACCGGGAGCGCGCGGCGGCCAAGGCGGGCAAGAAGAGCAACUAG